AUAUGAUCGGUGCAUAGUAAACCUACACCGUCCACCUGCACCUAUACGUGAUAACGUGGAAAGGUAUCAUUGUGGAGCUUCACUCAGGCCACAAAUCUUAAGGACCAAAUUCCUCAAUUGACACAAUUCCAUUCUGCUAGCCAAAUGACGACGGCUCAAGAUCUCAAAUGUUCUAUCUGUCAGCGGAGUUUCAGUAAAAGUAUAAUUCCCCUUUCCUCUAAACAUCUCAACCUCAGCUCAACAUCAGAGGCCAAGUAAUACUGAUUUGUGAGAUAGAAUCUUCCUUGGUAAGACAUGGGAAGAGAUGUACCAAUGGUCCCAGACCAAGUCUAAGAAAGAGAUCGUGUUUCCAGUGUGCGGGGAUGAAGAUAAAAUGUGAUUUACAGCGGCCCAGAUGCGGUAGUUGUACUUCACGGAAUGUGGGGUGUGAAUUUCCGCCGUCGGUGGAAAGAGACAGUCAAGGCGGUGAUGCGAAAGAACCUUUGGAGAUGGCUCUGAAUUCGGGACCGGACUUGAACGCCAAUGCCAAUGCAAAUAUAGUGGUGCCGAAGAUUCAGAUGGAACUCGAUUCUGCACAAUACAGUGGUGCCAACAGCAAUGCACUCGAUCAAUUUAUCACCCUUGAGGAAAUAAUCUCCAUAACGUCUUUGCCCUCGAACACCCCCAGCAACUUGCCUUUGGCAAACCAAAUCCCAAUUUCGGAUUUCGACCAUGACCUCACAAAUACCAAUUCCAAUUCCGAGACUUGUAGUCCGAGGUUGGAUCUAAUCAAUGACGCCUGGGGAGCUUUCUAUCCUAACCCCUCUACCAUUCCUCCCCUCACGAAACAUACAAUGGAAUAUCUGUUUCGAUGUAUGAGAACCUGGCCAAGUAUGAUGGCUAGAGAGCUACAAUUACCGCCUAUUAUACACGCUCGACAUGCCGAAGCCCCACUUCUUAGACCAUUAGCGAAAUGCUUUACGCUAUGUAAAAUGUGGUAUUGUGAAAGUACAACAUCGGGGGAGAUGGUCCAACAAACGAUAAUGAAGGAGAUGCAAGCAAUCUUUAACCAAGUAAGUCUUCUCUUACACCGCUCUUCUCACCAAGUAAACUUACCUAGACAUGAAUAAAGUACUGGUCGUAUAAUGAAGAAACUCUAUUGGCAAGUCUUCAAGCUUUAGCGAUCUACGUCCUUGUGCUCCUCUUUCCCUCCAAAAGAGCACCGCUCUCAACCCUACCUUAUGUGGACCCACAAAUCUUUACCGCAAUCCAAACCAUCGUCUACCACUUCGUCAGCCUUUCCCUAAUUCGUAAGUAAUAAUUCUUAGAAUGACCUUUUCACAACAGGCUCCCGGUGCUAUCCUUAUAUCGCACCCCUCGCCCCAAAGAAGCAAACUAAACCAAACCCCUUAGUCCCAGCUGAGCAAAGUUCCUCUAUGCCUCCUUACCGAAAAUGGAUUCAUAUCGAAGCAACACGACGCGCAGUUCUGACUUUGUACCUAAUUCACUGGGCUUACAGCAUCUACCACUGUCUCCCGUCCUUCGCCUGUGAAGAAUUGGGAUUCAUGCCUGCCUCAGCCGCCAAGUAUCUCUGGCAAGCUACCAAUGAGCAGGAAUGGGAGAAGAAGUAUGAGGCUUGGUUGAGAGUGUGGGAGGGAGUCGGCUUCUUGCAAGGUGAGUUUGUGGCGAUUGAGGAGGGGGUUACUAUUAAUGAGAGGGCGGAGAGGUGGUUGGAGGAGGCGGAUGAGUUUGGGGUUAUGUUUAUGACUAUUGGUAUGUUUUAUCCGCUCGUACUUGAGUUAAGAUUGUGGGAUUUCUGGGCAGGGCUAAUGUUAGAGACAGUAAAUGCUGCGGAGAGGGAACCUUAUUUUACGCAUGCAUCGGAAAGGGCUAUGGGAUAGAGUGUUUUGUUUGGAGUUGGGGAUUUGUUUUAGCGCGGAGACAUAGGAUGUCAAAAUAGAUUUGAUCAAUUCCAUAACUAGUAAAAAAAUAGACCAG